GAGGCCCGCGGCCCCCGGGGGCGCAUGGGAGGAGGGGGGUGUCUGUCUCCAGCGCCUGGGGUCGGGUACCAGCCGCGUGCUCGCACAGGGGCGCUGCCUUUUCGUGCAGCAAAGAGUCCUGCAGCUGUUGCUCCAAAAAGACCUGUCUUAUCUGUCAGUGCAAGAAAAAUUAAAGAUAACGCAGCAGACUGGCAUAAUUUAAUGAUGAAAUGGGAGACCCUGAAUAAUAAUGGAUUUACUACUGCAAACAAAAUUGUAAACUUGAAAAUUGGCACACCAUUUAAAGAUAACAAACUGGAGAUAGAAUGUGACAACAUUGCCUCUGACUGUGGAAAGCUGUCUCCAGACUAUAAUGAAGAACUUGAGAUGUUCUGUGCAGAAUUGCUUGGGACCUUGGAAAACAUGGCAAAAAUACAACUGAAAAUGGAAAAACUGUGUUCAACUACUAAAGGAAUUUGUGAUUUAGAAACAUAUCAUUAUAAAAAUGGAGAUUGCAGGAAACCACUCUUUCACACAUGGCCCACUACGUACUUUUAUGAGGUUUCUUUCAAGCUCACUGAAAUGUACAAGAAGGAAAUACGACUUAAGCAAACGAUUGUGCAAGAGAUUGCUCAUACUGCUGACCAGGAUCUUAUGAUGGUUUAUUUAUCGUCUUGGUUGUACCAGCCCUAUAUUGAGAACAGCAGCAAACUACUGCUAGAAAGCAUGUUGCUGGAAACAGGACAUAGACAAGUGUAGCAUUUAAGACUACUUCUAAUGAUACUCAUGUGACACUGAAGCAGCAACAAACUGCAAGGUUAAUCAUACGUUGUAUUUUUAUAAGGUUAUUAAAAUGUUUUUUUCCCUCUGUA